GAUUCUUUCUAUCAAGAAUUCUCCAGGAAGCUUCACUGCUUUUUCUGUCUGUCCGAGCAUGGAAGAUGCUCUGCCCCAGCCUCCUCCACCCAAGAAGAGCUUUGAGAGAGUUUCAAGAGUACGAGGAGGCAGUGAAGCGCAAGGGCCCUGCUAGAGCUCUUAGGUUCUUGAAAUCAAUUGAGAAAGACAAUGGUGACCCAGUUGAGGAGAAGCUCAAAGAUGUUUCUUUGUCUAUUGAGUCGCCUCAGCCCCAACUGGGAGAGCUGGGGUUUGUUGGGGGGUUAGAGAGGGAUUGGGAGGUCUUGGAUACUUGUUUGAAUGCUAGUGAUAUGAGACUUGUGGGUGGUCCUUAUGGGUUUCUAAAGGACAGAGGGUUCUUGCCCAAUUUUGGAAAGUUCAGCAGUAUAGCGUACCUUAUGGAUUGCCCAAUUCGUGGGGUGAUUUUAGAUCCAAUUGCUGCAAUGGAGAUGGGCAUCCAAGGACAGCUCAGCACUUUUCUACAGGCUGGAACUCAGUUUUGGGAUAAAAAAAUGAGUAAUGAGCUUGCUGAGGGACAAUUGAGUGGCUCUGCCUUUGACAGGUACUGCAUGGUGCUUUUUGCUGCUAUUGCUCCUGAGGCUCCAGUUUAUGGUGAGGCAGAGGGUGGGGAGAAUGACGAAAACAUGUUUCGCCAGCAUCUGUGUCCUUCUGCAACCCCUAUUGUCCGUAGCUCAGAUGUCAAAUCAAGCAAGGUGGUCUGUUCUACAGUCUUUCAACCUGCUUAAAUGGCACAGGCACACUCAUUGAGCUGUUGUCACAGCUUUGUAAAGUGGUGGUAGUCUUGGUAUUGUAAUUAGGAGAAUCGAGGAAGCCAUGUCUUCUGGCAGAUGAUGUGCAGAAAGUACAUAAACAGGCUGCUUUCUGUGGUCCAAUGGUGCUCAAGAGGUAAAUGUUCCACAUGCACUUAUAGGAAGCCCUAAAUAACCAGCAUUUCUCCAUUGUCUGUGCUUGUAUAGCUUGACAUGGUCAACUGAAGACAUGGAAGUUCUGAAGCAUUACUCUGAUUAUUGUUCUCUACUCUAUUUCUGUACUAAAUACUAAUUGCAUCU